UUUUCAAAAAUAAUCUUUGGUUAAUGUUGAAUUAUAAAACAAUUUUUGUGAGUGCACAAAAUAUGGCAACUCUGAACAUUUGGCGUGCUGUCAUUCUUUUGCAGUAAUUUAUUGUGUUUGUAGUCGGUGGUGAUAUACUAACUUUUGUCUCUUAAUAUACACGAAUAUACAAAAUGGAUCUCGCCGGUCCACAAAUUUUAAAGAAUUUUUUAUCAGAAGAUGAGUUAAAACAUAUACCAUCAGAAACUCAGGAAAAAUUGACAACGCAUAUUAACAAAUUUUUUGAUGAAUAUUACGCAGGAAAAGCUGCUAUCAAUCGCCUCGAUCAAAAUGAACAAAAAGUUGAGGAGCUGCAAUCCCAAGUACAGGAUUACGAAGUGAAAUUAAGAAACUGUAAUCAAAAUGUUGACGAACUGCGAAAUCAGUUAGACAAAGUUACUCAAGAACGCCUACAGUUAAAUGAGUCUAUUUGUUCCUAUGAAAAAGAUCUUGCUACAUUACGUAUUGCGAAAAAUUCACUUGCUGAAUCGCGGGACUCAUUGCAAACUUUCAUUGAACGUCAAAACUCAGAUUUGGAACGUUUACAACAAGAGCUACGGUCGUAUCAGAUGCAGUUAAAAACUGCUGUAAACGCGAAAUGUGAAGCUUUGGCAUAUGUGGAAGAAAUUAAAAGUAAAGAAGCUGCUCUUGAAUUUAAAGAGAAUCGCAUUGAACAGGAACGUACAAUGCUAAAUAAUAGGAUAAAAACUUUAAAUGAUGAGUUAAGUAGGACCAGUUUAGAAUUACACAAUAUUCAAAGUAAAACUACAACUCAAAGUUUUCUUCUUGAAACCCGCUUGAAUGAAAAAACGGAAGAAUUAAAAAUUGUUCAGGAUCAAUGUGUACAAUAUAAGCAAACGAUUGACGCAUUAACUCAAAAUAUUCAAGAUUUAAAUUCAAAAAUAUUAAAACAAAAUGAAGAAACCAGUAAGAUGAUGGAAUUUUAUAAAAAAGAGUUAGAAGCAAAAACAAAAUUAGCUGAUUUGUGUAAAAGUGAUUCGGACGAUUCAAAUGUUGAAAAGAAUGAGUUAAGAAACGCUAUAUCGAACUUAAGACAAAUGCUGAUUGAUGCAAGUGAUCAAUAUGGUGAAUUGGAAACAAAAUUUAAAGCGACUGUAGUCAAGCUGGAUCAAUUAAAAGAGGACAAGGAUAAGGUCAUUGAAUCAUUAAAAAUCCAAUUAAAACAUGCAAACGAACUUAUGAAACAAAAAGCAGAUGACGAUGUUGACCAUGCAAUUUCAAAAAUUGCUCCAUCUGCUGCUGUUGCUAGUCGACUUAUUAGAAGUGAUAUGUCGCUUACCGAAAUAUAUUCUCUCUAUGUGAAUACGUCUCAAGAUUUAGAAAAGCAGAAACGCGAAAACUCUCGUCUACAGUUAGAGCUUAAUAAUAUCGUACAAGAUUUACGAGUAAAAGCCCCAAUUCAUGAGAAAAGGGAUGAGGAACAUCAAAAAUUAUCUGCAUCAUAUGACUUACUAAUUGGAGAGCAUGAAGACUUAAUUCGUAAAAAGGGCGAAAUGGAAGAGGUUAUCACUAGUCAGGAAAAUCAAAUAAAUCAUAAUGAGCGAGAAAAUAAAAAACUUAAAAAUGCAAUUAAUGAUUUAAGCCGGCAAGUGUGUUACCUAUUGAAAGAACUAGAACAUUUGCGAAUGGGUAUUACUAACAAUGGUCCAUCAAUAAUUUGUGGAGGUCUCUCAACUACAGAUGAUGUUAUAACUAAAAAACUUGUUACAUUUAACAGUAUAACUGAAUUACACGAAAAUAAUCAGAAGUUAUUAAUUCUGGUGCGAGAUUUAAGUACAAAAUUAGAGGAAUCGGAAAAUGUGCGACUAGAAAUAAACGAAUCAUGUUAUAAGGAAAAAAUAGAUAAUUACACAGCGAAAAUUCAAAGCAUGCAAGAAACCAUAAAUCAACAGGCGAACACGAUUUCCACAUUAUUAGAAAAAACUGAACGAUAUAAAAAAAUGUACUUUAAAUCGCAAAAAGAAUUUGAAAUAUCUGCUGAAGAGAAUUUUAGUGACUUAGAAGAUGGAAAUGUUGAUAAUAGCACACCAACAAAAUCUACGACUAGUAGAAAACGGAGCAAUAACAGUAAUGCUAACCAAAAUACUAUAAAUAGUUUAGAAAGUCAGAUCCAAGAUAUGAAAGAUCAAUAUAAAACAUUAAAAGAACAGUAUGAAUAUUAUAUCGAAGAAAAAAAGAAUAAUGAGAAAAUACUAAAUGAACAGUUUGACAUAAUGCGUACUGAAGCACGAGAACUCACCUCGUCAAAUUGCAAACUUAUGUCUUCACUGGAGUACACGAAGGAACAGAUAAAACUACAACAAAAGAAUAUUGCGACUUAUAAGCAACAAAUUGUUUCUCUAGAAGAACGCAACAAAAACUAUGAGAACACUAUAGUAAAACAUGAACAGACCUUACAAUACUUAAAAGAUGAACUUUUAAAAACUCAAAAGGGAUAUUCAUCAGCUGAAACAGAAAUGAAACUUUUACGCAAUGAAAAUAACUCGCUAAAGAAUACGAUUACACGAUUACAAUCGGAAAAAGAAAUUUUCUAUCGUGAUCAACAAAAUCAAAAUCUUUUACUUAAUAAUAUUGAACUUAUUAAAACGAAUUUAGAACGUUCUGAAAUAGAAGGACGGGCAAGGCUGGAACAGCGUUUAGAUGACACUGUACGGGAACUUUCUGCACAACGUCGGCGGUUUCAAGAAGAAGAAGAUCGCUUCCGUGAAAUGAUCAAUAAUUAUAAACGACAGGCAGAUACAGCGAAAAUGUGUAUGGAGGAAGAAAAGCAGCAAGCAGAAAAAUUACGCACUGAUAUUGUUGCACUACGAGAAGAAAUAGCUAUAAAAUCAAAUUCAAUUGAUGACCUCAGUAAAAAAUUACAAGAAAGCUUAACACCGUCAAGUAAUGAUAAUCCUAUUACAGUAGCAAAUAAAAAAGUGAGAGAAUUAGAAAUAAGAUGUGAAGAAGCUAAAAUUGAAAUAAAUUCACUUCAAACCGAAUUAACUAAUUCGCGCGCACAUACAGAACAACUAUUUAAAAUGUCACAAAACGCGGAAGCAGAAGUUACAAAAUUACACGAAAUACAUUCAGUUUAUUGUACUAAAGCAGAAAAAGAGAUUGCAGAGUUAAAGUGUUCUGAACUCGAUUUAAAGACGAAAAUCACUGAACUUGAAUCAGAAAUACAGCUGUCAACAAUUCCGGAAAAUCCAACAACAUCUGGUACUGAACAAUUAACUAAAUCUCAAAAUGAGUUGAAAGAUGCAUUGCAAAAAUUAGCGGAGUGCAAUCGUACCUUACGUUCCCUUCGUUCAGAAAAUACAAAAUUAUCGGAAUCACUUAAUACAGCCGAAACUAAAUAUGCAAAUGAAAUGAUAUUACAUUCUGUUGAUAUAAAAGAAGUGACUAAGCUCAAAUCUGAAUUAAAUAAGGUACAAGAUAAACUAAAAGAAAAUAAUGCCGAGCAGGAGUCCGUUAAAACAGCAUACGAUGAAUUGAAAAAAGCUUAUGAAGAUUCCAUAAAAUCAUAUCAAACUGAGCGAGAAGAAUAUGAAAAUCGUCUUAGUAUUAUAAAUAAUAUGAAUUCAAAUCUUCAUAGUCAAAUGGAAGCAUUAACUAACAAACUUUCACUUGUAACUCAGGAUAGUAAAACGUCAAUUUCACCUAAUUCAUCUGCGAUAGAUAUUUCUGUUCUUGAUAAUAGUCAAGCAAAUAUUGAUGAAGACAACAAAACCAACGAACAACUAUGGCAAAUUAUUAAAUUUUUGCGUAAAGAAAAAGAUAUAACUUUAGCAAAACUAGACAUUCUUAAGGCUGAGAAUGCACGUCUGUUGUCAGAACAAGAAAUUCUACAAAAAAAAGUCAAUGAUUUAACUGAAUUUCUUAAUAAGGAACGUACUAAGUCUGAAGCAAUUGUAGUGUCUGCAACAAAACACGAGGAAAUUUUGAGAAAAAUUGAGUCGUUUGAUGCAUUGACUGAUAGUAAUCGUGUCUUACGUGAAGAAAGAAAUUCAUUAUGUGCCCGAAAUAAGGAGCUUAAUGAAAAAAUAAGUUCAAUUGAAGAGGAACUAUUUCCACUUCAAGCGCAAAAUCGUGAAUUUACGUUAAAAAUUGAGGAAUUAGUAUUAGAAAAUACAUCUGCAAAAAAUGAAGCUAUGAAAUGGCGCCAUCGAGCUAAUGCUUUAGUAGAGAAAACAAACAAAAAUCCAGAGGAAUUUAAAAGAUUGCAAAUGGAGAGAGAGAAUUUAGCCAAAAUGUUGACAAAUGAGAAGGAAAUUUUAAAACAAGCAACAGAUGAAAACAACAAUUUAAAGACCGAUAAUGUCCGAUUAGAGACUGAACUCACUCUUUUAUCAAAACAAUUAGCAGCAUUAAAUGAGGAACAUAAAAAGGUUUCAGAUGAACUAGUGACUGCUAAAAGUACCAAUAGUCGAAUUAUGUUAGAGCUAAUGGAGUUAAAAAAUAAAAUUCUACAAAAGGAGGAAAUAAUUCAGAAACAUAUUGAAACUAUAGAGUUAAAAGAAGUUCAAUUACAAGAUGUAAAGAAUAAAGAAAUUCAAAUUCGUAAAAUAGCUAAACGAUAUAAGGAUUCAUAUUUAGAGUUAUCUAACAAAAGAAAUGCAUCAGAAGAAAAUACGGGACAAAAUGCUAUGGAAACUUCAACAAAUAACACUAGUGAAGGUAAUGAAGGUCUAAGUAACUUAUCGUCAUUGAGUGCAGAAAUCGACAGCUUACGAAGCUUAAUAGAGAAACUUAACGGAGAACUCCGACAACUCGAUGAUGAAAAACAAAAACUUCAAAAAGAAUGUGAUGAUUUAAAAAAUACAUUAGGUGAAGUUAAAGCGCAAAAUAGUGGUCUCUCAGAGGCAAAAAUGACACUAAUUCAAGAAUUAUUAACAAUCAAAACUAAAUUCCAAGCAUCUGAAGAUAAGCUUAUUCAGAUUACGAAUCAAUAUGAAGAAACUAUAACUCGUCUUGAAAAAGAACAAGUAGAUCAAAGUAUUUCAAAUAAAGAUUUAGUUGCACGAUUAACCCGCGACAAUGAAUCCUUAAAUGUUCGUCUAAAUAAUCUUAAUCGUCUACUUGGACCUCAGCAGUCUGCAAAAGCAAGUACAAGUUCUAUUGCAAACUCCGAUAAAUGUUCAAUUUCAGACUCUUCACCACGUACCGCUAAUGUAAAACCUUUGUCGGGAUCCACAGUGCAACAGUCAGCUACAGUUACACCAUGGCGUGGAAGUGAAACACCUCUUGCUAGCAUUCGACCAAUAUCUGUGCAAAACAGCCGCACGGCAGCUAUACUACCAAAUAGUCAACAAAUAGCAGCAAGUGGUUCUACAUCCUCUUCUACUACAGGAAGCGCCAGUAAUACGGCUCUAGUUCCACCACAACAGCAGGUACAUACAACUGCAAGUACAUCUGCAGAAUCGAUGUCAUCUUCUCCAACAUCAUCGCAUACGGAUUAUAUGCCUUCAACAAGUUCAGCUUCGGUUGCAGUUGCUACUAUACCGCCCAUGGGUGCGAUUAACACUGCAGAAAGUUCUCAAGAAGCUGAAAGUGUUCAAUUAUCUCAGCAAAAUGAUUCACAGCCGCAAGUAAGUGGUGGGCAAUCCCAAGUUGUAGCACUAGUUUCACCUCGAGUCGAAGGUUCUAUUCAAAAUUCUCCUUCACCAAAUCCUCAAAUUCACCAAGAUUCUAAUAAUCAGCAGCCUAGUACUUCCGGCACAACUAGCUCUACUUCACAUAUUGCAGUAAGUAGCCAAAAUAGACAUACACCUUCUAGCAGCAAUGUAACAACUACACAUGCCGGAUCAUCUGGAGCUCACAAACGUCCCCGGGAUCUUGAUGGGGAUGCAUCUACGUGUACUGAGCAGUCUAAUGCAGAUAAACCUAAACAACCUAAACGUUUAAGGACACCAAUGCAUGAAAGCGAAGCCAAUUUAUUAGAUGUAGAAUAUCAAGUACCAACUUCAUCACAACGGGAUCAAGAGGAUGAAAUUGUUGUCGUUGAUUCCGAAGAUGACGGUAUGGGAGAACCUGAUGAUGGUCCAAUGGACGGUGAUACAGAACAUGGCUAUGAAGAUUCAUAUGAACCUGAUGCAGAUUUAGGUGGAAACGAUGGUCCCGAAAUAAAAAUUGACAAUAAUGAAGUUGAUGUUGAUGAAUGCGUAGAAAGCCAAGCUGAAUAUUCUUCAAUCAAUGAUAAUCAAAGCACGGAAGCAAGUACAAGCCAAGCAGCUGCACAGCAAGAAAAACAUCAGCAAAGUCAAACCAUAACCAGCGGCAGUAUUGAAUCCAGUUCAAACAUCCAACAGCCACCUCCAACGCAGUGGAAACAACAAGCAUCGUCCACAUUUAACAGACAACAAAAAAUAACAAAUGUCACAUCACCACAAGGCACAUCAACUAAAGUUCAUGAAGAUAACAAUAAAGAUGUAGUCGUUGGCAGACCCUCUGAUAAUGCUUCUGAAAUUGUGAGUUCUCCGCAACGCUCUCAAUUUGGUUACACUGAAUCUACUGCACAUUCCGAUGAAAAGGACGGAAAAAUGAAUGAGACUGAAACAGUGAAUGAAGGAAUAGCAGUUGAAGAAGAAUACAUAUCUGAAGAAUUUGCGCAAAAAGAAGAAGAAAGUAAGAAAUUGAUUACUGAUAAUGACGAUGAAGAAGAGGAAGUGGAUGACGUUUAUGCUGAAGAUGUUGCAGGUACUUCUGCAACAUCUGAACACGUUGAUGAUACAUGUUUAGAUCAUAAUAUAGGAGGUGCUUCGCAGUCUGAGCUUCAAGACAAUCAACAAAAUUUGAGUGAAAUAGUAUCUGAGGAAAAUGAAGGAGCAGAUGGUGUUACUUCUGAAGGGGAAAAGCAAGCUGUUGAAGAUAUUGAGGAGGAGGGUCGCGAAGCAGAGGCUUCUUCUUCGCCUUCUAUAAAUACUAGAUCUAAAAGUACUAAAGGAUCUUCCAGGAGACCACAGAGAGGAUACCAACGAGGCAGGCCUAUUCCAAUUACUUGGCAAGAUUCUCCUGGUCAUUCCCGAAAUAUUUCUUCAAACCAACGAAGUCAUGAACUAACGUCUAACCCAAUGCGUGGAUAUCCAAACCAACGAAAUACACGCGGCAGACGCAUAAGACGCCCUGUUGGAAAUUACAAUAUGCGUUUUCCAUAGAUUUUUAAAAUAAGUUAAUUAAAAAUUAUAACUUUAAACUUUUAUAAAAUUAAAUUUGAAUAUAUACACGUAUAUAUAUAAUAUAUGUAUACUAUUUCUUUAAAAU